AUGUCGGGAGAUCAGCAUGGUGAUCGCUCUAUUCGAGAGGGAGAUAAUGAGGAUUACGAUGAUGUAGUUGAUGCAAAACCAGACAGAAGUAGCAGAUUCUCACUUUUUGGAAGAAGAAAGAAGAAUGGAGAAGAAGAACAGCCAAAGUCCUCUCUCAGUAAUCAGUACCGAAUUGUUACACCCACAUUCCAGUAUAAUAUGGACUACAAGAAAGUUGGCAAAUGUAUUAUUAUAAACAACAAAAAUUUUGAAGACAAAACAGGAAUGGGUACACGCAAUGGCACUGAUAAAGAUGCUGGAGAUCUAGCUAAGAGUUUUAAAAGUUUAGGGUUUGAGGUUUGCACAUACAAUGACCGAAGCCGUGAUGAUAUGGAAAAAUUACUGAAGCAAGCUGCUGAGGAGAAUCACAGUGAUGCUGCUUGUUUUGCCUGUAUCCUUCUCAGCCAUGGGGAAGAAGGGCUCAUCUAUGGCACUGAUGGACCCAUGGCUAUCAAGAGUUUGACUGCGUUAUUCAGAGGGGACAAGUGCAAAAGCCUUAUAGGCAAACCCAAAUUAUUUUUUAUUCAGGCAUGCAGAGGCUCUGAAUUUGACGAAGGUAUACAAACUGACUCUGGACCUGCAAAUGACACUCUGGAAACAGAUGCCAAUCCAAGAUACAAAAUCCCAGUAGAAGCAGAUUUUCUAUUUGCGUAUUCCACAGUGCCAGGUUAUUACUCCUGGAGGAAUCCUGGAAGAGGCUCCUGGUUUGUGCAGUCUCUGUGCUCUGUGCUAAAUGAGCAUGGUAAACAACUUGAGAUCAUGCAGAUCCUCACACGGGUCAACUAUGUGGUUGCCACAAAUUUUGAAUCACAGUCUGAUGAUCCACGCUUCAGUGAGAAGAAGCAGAUUCCCUGCGUGGUCUCUAUGCUCACUAAGGAACUUUACUUCUGAAAGUUUAUUUCAAUGCAGCCAGUGACGAAAGAUCAGGAUAUAGUUUUGGGUGGAGAUUUGAUUAUAAACCAGAGUAACACAUUCUUAAUAACAGAAAUGUAAUUACAGUAGAUUUUUAUAUUGUAUAAACUGGGGUAUGUGAUGAACGGACAACAUGCAAGAUUUUAAAGAAGAAAUAAAUGCUGUGGGCCAACCUGACAGCUAAUACUAAUUACUGUAUCUUGAUUUCCCUUAGUGUGGCUGUCAUGAUUAAUGGGUACUGAAGAUGUUCUGAAACCUAUCUGCUACCUGACCCAUAAGGGUUUAUUCCAGAAAAAAGAUUAUAUAUUAAGACCAAAAAACUUAAAUCUUGAGACUGUUCUUUCACCGCUAGCUCAUGGAACCGUAACUUCCUUGGAAAUUUCCAAAGACCAUCAUAUUAUGGGUAUGUCCAGUGAUGAAACAGUUUGUAGCUAUUUGUAGCUGUUUGUAGCUGGAAUGGGCUGCCCAGGGAGGUGGUGGAAUCCCCAUCC